AUGGCCGAUAGUUCUAGCCCUAAAAUUGCCAAAAGGUUGGGAUCCGUUAUAAAGUUGAAGCCAGAAUUGUAUGAAAAAUAUAAGGAGCUUCAUGCCGCUGUGUGGCCAGAGGUGAAAAUACGUCCUUUGGCUAUUUGUAAUUGUAAGUUCACAAAAAUUUCCAGUCUUAAUAAUUAACAAGGUGACCAUUUGUCUUUUUUCAGGUGCUUAAGAGAAUUUAUGACAGCAAUAUACGAAACUAUACAAUUUACUACGAUAAAUACCAUCACUUGUUGUUUUCUCAUAUGGAAUACGUAGGUAAGUGUUUGAAAUUAUCAGUCAAUCAAUCAACCGACCAAUCAAUAAAUAGAUAAUUUAAGUCAGUCAAUCAAUUAAUCAAUCGAUUAAUUAAUCAAUCGAUUAAUUAAUCAAUCAAUUAAUCAAUCAAUCAGCUCAUAUUUCUGUCACCCAACUUUUCAAUCAGUACUUGUAUCCACAUCCUUAAACUCUGUUGUCCAGACAAGGUUUAAGUCUUUAAAGUAAAGACCGCAUGACUUGAUGUCUGUUCUGUGUAUUUAACACUCAAGUAAGGUAAUGGCUCAGUUAAUUCCAAGUAUGCCCAUCCCCCCGGGCUCCCCUACCUGGGGGUGGGGUAUUUGUCAAUUCUUCUAGAAGCCAUUAACGUUGUUCCUUUUUCAAUAUUCACUAAAAAUAUACCUAUGUUAGAUAACUUUCUAAAGAAUAUUUUGAAUACCUAUGUUUUAAAAAGGUAUAUGUGGUGUUUGCUCUGUUGCUUCCCUACCCAACAGUAUUUUUUCCAUCUGUCUAAGAAACUGCCUCCCGCCAUUGUGAUCAGCUCACACAUGGAGGAAAAACAAUCAAUGUUUUGUUUGUUAAUCAUUCGAAAAUAAGAAAGUUGUUAUUAAAAUUCAAACUUAUAGCUCUGUCAUUGAGGUUAAUCAGUUCAAUGUGGUCUUUUUUGCAAUAAUUAUAACUAGUGGCUUGGAGUGAUUUGCAUAGGGUGCUUCAUAAUGAUAAAUGGCCGACAAAUGCUCAUGGGGAAGGGCAUGGGGGGGGGGUGUGGAUGGUCGUUCUUGGAAUUGACUGGGCCUUAAAAGGUAAGGUAAUAGUGCACACAAGCCAAAGGCUCAAAUGGCCAGCUAGACUUGCUCACAAGUUGAGCUUUUGAGCACGUAGCGCGACUGUGAGCGCGAAGCGCGAGCGAGCGAAAGCUCGACUUGUUUCCCUUGCAGCGAAUCACAUCAAGUGACGUCAUUUUGGCGCGAACUUCUCAUGAUGCUGCAUGCAGCGCUGCCUGUCAAACUGUCAAAAUACUUUUCGCACCUAGCGAAAUCGAUCAAUGGUUUGGUUUUAAAUGGAAUGGAGGAGGAAAACACACCAACUAAAACUUUUAUUCGGGUUGUUGUGCCGGAAGACAUUUGCCUUCAAUGUGGCAAACUGAUAGACAAUCCAGCGUUAUGAAGAAAGCUAUUUUCAGGGAAACAGAAGACAAAAACGUGUCAAAGUCUGGAGCUUCUUCUUGGAGAUGUGUUUCCGCGAGACAACGACUUGGGAACUAUUUGCCGAAACUGCUCGGAACGCAACGAAACGCUGACAAAGAAAAUUUUUCAAGUUAGGGCUAACUUUUCUGGACCAAAAGAAAGUCUAGGAAAUAAUUUGCAAAUUUGCAUCUUAGAACGAGCCGUAACACAAUAGAUGCUUUUGUUAUUUUAAAUGAUAUGUAAAUUUUCAGGUGACCUUGUAUUCUGUAGUCUUGCAAAUGUAUAUCGCAAACAAUAACGAAUCAAUCGCUCACCAUUUUGCAAUGCAGUGACUUUCAUCGACAAAAACAGCCUUAAGGUUUUUCCUGAGUUUGCCGUGAAAAAUACUUCGGUGGCUAUUUAAGAGAGCUUCGGGGCUUCCAAAUACCAGCGAGUAUUCUCCUUCCGAAAUUUCUUUUACUUGUUCCCUCGUGCAGUCUGCUCCAACUGAAGCAGCCGAUACCCCUCGGGCAACUAAAGAGGUAACUUCGUCCUUCAUAAGGGCGACCAGUGGCACAACAACUAAGCAGACAGAACACACUUCCAGUCUUUCGCCGUGCUCUAAAUAGUCGAAAACAUAGGGAGCAACUUCGAAAGUCAAGCUUUUUCCUGAUCCUGUUGGCGCCGAAAGAAAUACGUCUUUUCCACUGCAGUAACCCUCGAUUACUUUCCUUUGAUGUUCACGAACAUCUUUGUACUGUGCUUUUCGCAACCCAUAAGCGAUUGCGUCCUUGACUGAACGCAUCGUACAACCAGCUGAAAAUUUAAGUUUUAGUAAAAGCCUCUACAUAAACAAACAGCGAAGAAAAACANAGUGAGUGUGAUAGUGGAAAUGUUGAAAUUGUUGAAAAUCUCUGCAUGACAGUAAAAAUAUUCGAUUAUACUUUCAUUUUAUUGGUCAAUCAUUCAGACAAUCAAUCAACCAAUUUUUCAAUCAAUCAGUCAACUAUUAAGCAAAAUACAGUCAAACCUCCUGUAAGUGACCACUCAAAAUGCUACAGCUAGUGACGUAUGGGAGGUGGUCACUUGCAACACUCGAAAAACAAGGGGUCUCUUAAGGCUAGUAUCUCCGAUGAAUUACACAUACAAUAUCACGCAUAAAAAACUUAUUAACAUAAAAACACAAACUGGUGGUAAUAGUAAACAUCUAAUUAUGAAACUAUGGGAAAAAAUUAAACAUCUAAAUUCCUUCAUACUAGUGGCUCUCCUAAAAGAAUCAGGAAGCAAGUUCCAAUAUCUUGCUGUGGCAUAUCUAAGUAAGACCAUUGUAGUUGUUUUGGGUUUUGGCAAGACUAGCACAUUCAUACCUCUUGAGCUAUAGUCAGACGUUCUAAACUGAAACUCUUUAACUAUGAUAGUUGGUAAAGUUGAUGCAUUUGUGAUGAUCUUUUAUCUUAGGAGAUGACCUUGACAAAGAUAUGGCAGCUAUAGGAAAUGACCCUGUGACCAGGGAUUGGUGGAAGGUUUGCGAACCUUGUCAGGAGUCGUUAGAAUGGACAGGUCCUCCACCAAGUGAGGGUGGACAGGGGGGUAACUGGUGGGCACCCAUAGAAGAAGUGUUCCACGAUGGCCAUCCUGCAACACAGUAUAAAGAAAAUUAG